CAAAAUUAGAAAUUCAAGUUCUGUUAACAAAAUAAAUCAACCCCCCAAAAAAAGAAUAUCCCAAUUCUCCGUUCCUUCCAUUUCGAUGAACAUAGACCUCCGCGAUCGCAAGGAUUAACAACUCUAUUAAUCACUGGUCGGUCGACCGAUCCUGUAGUAAUUCGUUGAACAAUCUGUUUGUUUGAUUUGUAAAUCGAGUCGGCGGAUCGGCUAAUCGAUCGGUUUCUUUGGUGGAGUGAAAAAGUGAUUUUGGUGAAGAAUGGAGCAGAGCAGGAGGGCAGUGGAGUCGUACUGGAGGUCCAAAAUGAUCGACGUCGCGACUUCCGACGAGGAUAAGGUUACUCCGGUUUACAAAUUGGAGGAAAUAUGCGAUUUGCUGAGGUCUUCACACAUUUCCAUUGUUAAAGAGGUCUCCCAAUUCAUCCUCAGACGGCUUGAUCACAAAUCGCCGAUUGUUAAACAGAAGGCAUUAAGGGUCAUCAAAUAUGCUGUGGGAAAGUCAGGUGCAGAGUUCAAAAGGGAGAUGCAAAAAAAUUCUGUUUCAGUACGGCAGUUAAUCCACUACAGGGGCCAGCCAGAUCCUCUGAAGGGUGAUGCGUUGAACAAGGCUGUCCGAGAAACAGCACAAGAAACAUUAUCUACUUUAUUCUCAUCAGAUGAUAGCACAGCUGCACCUACAGAAAGUAGUCUUCGCAGUCGGAUACAAGGAUUUGGAAAUACCAACUAUGAAAUGCCCUCAGAUGAUAGAAAGUCAUUCAUCAGUGAGGUUGUUGACAUUGGAAGUGCUACAAUUAGACAGGGAUUUAGUAAUUUGAAACAAUCUCCUUCCAUUAGGAAAAGUAAUGACACUGGAAGUUACAGAAGCCCAAAUCUUGAGCGAUCUUUGACUAGAGAAAAUGAUUAUUCUGAUAGGUAUGAAGGGAUUGGGUCUCAUGCCGAAUAUAACAGCUCUUCUCGCUUCUCAAAAAAUGCUGGUAAUGGAAGCUGGGAUGAAGAGAUUUCUACAAGCCAGUCAGAAACUAGCAAUGGAGAUCCUGCUUUGACUUAUAGUCAAAAAACUCGUGAAGAGAAGUUGUUGGAGACCAUAGUAACAUCAACUGGUGUGCGCCUACAGCCUACUCGGGAUGCACUUCAUGUUUUCCUGGUGGAGGCCUCAAAAUUAGAUGCCAAAUCAUUAGCGCAUGCCAUUGAAAUGAAACUGAGGUCUCCUAUGUGGCAGGUCCGCAUGAAAGCCAUAUGCAUCCUUGAGGCACUAUUGAGGAAGAAGAAUGACGGGCAUUUUUCACUUAUUGCUUCGUACUUCGACGACAACAAAGAUGUUGUGGUGCAAUGCUCUGAAUCUCCCCAAGCAUCUUUGAGGGAGAAAGCAACUAAGGUAUUGAGUCUUCUCGGUUGUGAACAAAAUGGCACUGGAGCCAACCGUGUCAAGCAAUCAACUCAGAUUCCUCAGUCUUCAGUGAUACCAGAUAUGAUAAACACUGGUGACCUAGAUGAUCUUGGCAUGGAAGAUCCAGAAAAAGCAGCAUGUGAGCCAAAAAUAGCAAGUGCACGACCAUCUGUUGCUCCACUGAUCAAUGACUUACUUGGUAACAAUUCCGAUGGUUGUGAGAGCACCAACAAGCUGAACGUUGAUGAUGACCCUUUUGCAGAUGUCUCCUUCCUUAUAAGUCAAGAUCUUGACCGUGUUGCGGAUCUACUUUCUGGGAUGGCUUUUGAUAAGCCAGGAGCCUCAGAGGCCCAUGUAGCAGCUCAUGAAAAUGAAUCUGAACCUUUCAACCUUUUAAAUUCUAGUUCUGAGGUCUUCACGGAGCAAGGAAAUUCUAGUGAAUAUGCUACCAACUUGAUGGAUGGUAUGCCUGUGAGUGGAAAUGAUCACUCUAUAAAGGUUAAUGCAAGUAGUGAAGAGAUGGGUGGCAAAAUUUUGGGUUCAGUAUCCAGUGCAGAUAAUAGAAGUCCUAACAUUGCUUUAAAUAAUGAAUUUCCUUUGCAAGCUGCUGAGGUUAAUGUAAAUCCCAUAUUCCCCCUGGGUGCUGUGACAUAUAAUAUUCCUUCUGGUUUUGUGCUCAAUCCUGCAUUUGCUUCUCAGCCAAUAAACUAUAAUGCCAUGGGGAGUCACUUUGCUCAACAGCAGUUUCUAGCUGCAAUGUCCAACUUCCAUCAACUAGGGAAUCUACAAUCCAGUUCUACUAUUAAUUCUCCUGGACCUGUAGGAGGGAAUGUUUCACCCCUUCCAGAUAUUUUCAAUCCUGGCAUAGCUACCCAACCUCCAACUUCAUUGAUGAAUGGAUCAAAAAGAGAGGAUACAAAAGCAUUUGAUUUUAUCUCGGAUCAUCUUGCCUCAGCUCGUGAAACCAAGCGCACGAUUUAAUUGAUUUGUUGUGUGUGGAUUUAUUGCUUUAGCCAUGGGUUCUUAGUGAAGCAGCCCACUCAGAAGAUGCUGCCUGAAUCUUGAAUUGGAAAAAGUAUAUGAACUGUUGAGUAAGUGUUGUAUCGGCAUAAAUGGGAUUCGAGACUGCAUAAAAAGCAGGGUGAAAAAAUGAGGGGAUUUAAAGCGGAAGGCAGCUGCACAGACCUGUUGUGUGAAUAUUUCUGGCAUCUAAACUUGUUUUGAUCCUAAGAAGGGUCUGGAAUCGUGCAGUCAUCUAAACUGUUGAAGAUUGUUGUGUAUUUUUUGCCUUUUAUUUGUAAUAGCCCAUUGAGAUGAAUGCCUGAUAGACUUUUUGUAGUAAUGUUAUUUAUUUCUUCUCCCUUCUUA